AUGACUAUGCCUACGCUCACCACACCUCUGACCACCCUGCUCGGCAUAAAAUACCCAAUCUUACUUGCAGGCAUGGCUCGCACAUCAUCCGGUCCUCUCGCCGCCGCCGUCUCCAACGCAGGAGGGCUAGGCACAAUCGGCGGUCUAGGAUACAAUCCCCAGCAACUUCGUGAUAUCAUUACGGAUCUGAAAUCACAUCUUGCCUCUCCAGAUCUACCUUUUGGUGUUGACCUCGCCUUGCCACAAGUAGGUGGCUCGGCGCGAAAGACCAAUCAUGACUAUACGCAUGGACAACUGGAUCAACUGAUUGAUGUGGUGAUCGAAGAACGUGCGAAGCUCUUUAUCAGUGCCGUGGGUGUGCCGCCGAAACGGGUCAUCGACCGCUUGCACGAGAAUGGUAUCUUGGUCAUGAAUAUGGUCGGGCAUCCUAAACAUGCAAUCAAAGCACUAGAGGCUGGUGUUGAUUGUGUCUGCGCGCAAGGUGGUGAGGGCGGAGGCCAUACAGGAGACAUCCCUGGCAAUAUCUUGAUUCCAGCUGUUGUGGAUACGGCCAGCAGGUACAAGAGUCCACUAACUGGUGAGCCUGCUUUGGUGGUAGCAGCAGGGGGCAUAUACAAUGGCCGUUCUCUGGCAUCCAGUUUGAUGCAAGGAGCUGCUGGCGUAUGGGUAGGAACGAGAUUUGUUGCAAGUGUCGAAGCCGGAUGCUCGAAACUGCAUAAAGAGGCGGUGGUAUCGGCCAGAUUCGAGGACACAUUGCGCACGUUAGUCGUCAGCGGUCGGCCACUUCGCGUUCGCAUGAACGACUACAUCCAGUCUUGGGAAGACAGACCGGAGGAUAUCAAGCGGCUAACUGAGCAAGGUAUCGUACCGAUGCAGAAAGACAUGGACGACGACAAAGAUGUCGAUCUGCCAUACCUGAUGGGAACAGUAGCUGGAGUGAUCGGCGACAUCAAGCCUGCGAAGGACAUCGUUGAAGAUAUGGUUAGGGAGGCUGUUGAUAUGUUGAAGAGAGGACAGAGCUUUGUCGCGCGCGAUAGCAAAUUAUAG